UCUAUAUAAAGGGAACGUCAAUUCUCGGACCGCAUUUCAAAACGAGAAAUUGAAAAAGGAAUUCAUAAGCGCGUGACUUUUUAGAGUUGUUCGUCAGAGAUAACAGGAUUUUAUUGAAAUUUUGUGUUUUAUCAGACUAAAUUCUAGUGAUUAAUCGGACAACAUGCAGAUCUUUGUGAAGACUUUGACGGGGAAAACCAUAACAUUAGAGGUGGAACCCUCUGAUACCAUUGAAAACGUUAAAGCAAAAAUUCAAGAUAAGGAAGGCAUUCCUCCCGAUCAACAGAGAUUGAUCUUCGCCGGAAAACAAUUGGAAGAUGGACGCACUCUUUCCGACUACAAUAUCCAGAAGGAGUCUACUCUUCAUCUCGUGCUGCGUCUCAGAGGUGGUAUGCAAAUUUUCGUAAAAACAUUGACUGGCAAAACCAUCACUUUAGAGGUUGAGCCUUCUGACACAAUCGAAAAUGUUAAAGCCAAAAUCCAGGAUAAGGAGGGUAUCCCACCUGAUCAGCAACGAUUGAUCUUUGCCGGCAAACAGUUGGAAGAUGGACGCACAUUAUCAGACUACAAUAUCCAAAAAGAAUCUACCCUUCACUUAGUAUUGCGUUUGCGCGGAGGAAUGCAAAUAUUCGUAAAAACUUUAACUGGUAAAACAAUAACUUUAGAAGUUGAGCCGUCUGACACAAUUGAAAAUGUCAAAGCCAAAAUACAGGAUAAGGAAGGUAUUCCCCCAGACCAGCAGCGACUGAUCUUCGCAGGCAAACAGUUAGAGGAUGGCCGCACUCUUUCUGAUUAUAAUAUCCAGAAGGAGUCAACUCUCCACUUGGUACUUCGUCUGCGUGGUGGUAUGCAAAUCUUCGUCAAAACUUUGACUGGCAAGACUAUCACACUAGAAGUUGAACCCUCUGACACAAUUGAAAAUGUCAAAGCUAAAAUUCAGGACAAGGAAGGUAUUCCCCCAGACCAACAGCGAUUGAUCUUCGCCGGCAAGCAAUUGGAGGAUGGGCGAACCUUGUCUGAUUACAAUAUUCAGAAGGAAUCCACUCUUCACUUGGUACUUCGUCUACGUGGUGGUAUGCAAAUCUUCGUAAAAACACUAACUGGUAAGACCAUCACCCUUGAGGUCGAGCCUUCUGACACGAUCGAAAAUGUUAAAGCCAAAAUCCAGGAUAAGGAGGGUAUCCCACCUGACCAACAGAGGUUGAUCUUCGCUGGUAAACAACUGGAAGACGGUCGCACUCUUUCAGACUACAACAUCCAGAAGGAGUCCACUUUGCAUUUAGUUUUGCGUCUGCGUGGUGGUAUGCAAAUCUUCGUCAAAACUUUGACUGGCAAGACUAUCACACUAGAAGUUGAGCCAUCUGACACAAUUGAAAAUGUCAAGGCUAAAAUUCAGGACAAGGAAGGUAUUCCUCCAGACCAACAGCGAUUGAUCUUUGCCGGAAAGCAGUUGGAAGAUGGCCGCACUCUCUCGGAUUACAACAUCCAGAAGGAAUCCACUCUUCACCUGGUACUUCGUCUGCGUGGUGGUAUGCAAAUUUUCGUAAAAACACUAACUGGUAAGACCAUCACCCUUGAGGUCGAGCCUUCUGACACGAUCGAAAAUGUUAAAGCCAAAAUCCAGGAUAAGGAGGGUAUCCCACCUGACCAACAGAGGUUGAUCUUCGCUGGUAAACAACUGGAAGACGGUCGCACUCUUUCAGACUACAACAUCCAGAAGGAGUCCACUUUGCAUUUAGUUUUGCGUCUGCGUGGUGGUAUGCAAAUCUUCGUCAAAACUUUGACUGGCAAGACUAUCACACUAGAAGUUGAGCCCUCUGACACAAUUGAAAAUGUCAAAGCUAAAAUUCAGGACAAGGAAGGUAUUCCCCCAGACCAGCAGCGAUUGAUCUUCGCCGGAAAGCAAUUGGAGGAUGGGCGGACCUUGUCUGAUUACAAUAUUCAGAAAGAAUCCACUCUCCACUUGGUGCUUCGUCUGCGUGGUGGUAUGCAAAUCUUCGUUAAGACACUAACUGGUAAGACCAUCACCCUAGAGGUUGAGCCUUCAGACACAAUCGAAAAUGUCAAAGCUAAAAUCCAGGACAAGGAAGGUAUUCCCCCAGACCAGCAGAGAUUGAUUUUCGCCGGCAAGCAGUUGGAAGACGGUCGCACACUUUCAGACUACAACAUCCAAAAAGAGUCCACUUUGCAUUUAGUUUUGCGUCUCCGUGGUGGUAUGCAAAUCUUCGUCAAAACCUUGACUGGUAAGACUAUUACAUUGGAGGUCGAGCCCUCUGACACGAUCGAAAAUGUCAAAGCCAAAAUUCAAGACAAAGAGGGAAUUCCACCUGACCAGCAGCGAUUGAUCUUUGCCGGCAAGCAGUUGGAAGAUGGCCGCACUCUCUCGGAUUACAACAUCCAGAAGGAAUCCACUCUUCACUUGGUACUCCGUCUCCGUGGUGGUAUGCAAAUCUUCGUCAAGACCUUGACCGGCAAAACUAUCACUCUAGAGGUUGAGCCUUCUGACACGAUCGAAAAUGUCAAAGCCAAAAUUCAAGACAAAGAGGGAAUUCCACCUGACCAGCAGCGAUUGAUCUUUGCCGGCAAGCAGUUGGAAGAUGGCCGCACUCUCUCGGAUUACAACAUCCAGAAGGAAUCCACUCUUCACCUGGUACUUCGUCUGCGUGGUGGUAUGCAAAUUUUCGUGAAAACACUGACUGGUAAGACCAUCACCCUUGAGGUCGAGCCAUCUGACACGAUCGAAAAUGUUAAAGCCAAAAUCCAGGAUAAGGAGGGUAUCCCACCUGACCAACAGAGGUUGAUCUUCGCUGGUAAACAACUGGAAGACGGUCGCACUCUUUCAGACUACAACAUCCAGAAGGAGUCCACUUUGCAUUUAGUUUUGCGUCUGCGUGGUGGUAUGCAAAUCUUCGUCAAAACCUUGACCGGCAAGACUAUCACCCUAGAAGUAGAACCCUCCGACACUAUUGAAAAUGUUAAAGCCAAAAUCCAGGACAAGGAAGGUAUUCCACCAGAUCAGCAGCGAUUGAUCUUCGCUGGCAAACAGCUGGAAGACGGUCGCACACUUUCCGAUUACAAUAUUCAAAAGGAAUCCACUCUUCACUUGGUACUCCGUCUGCGUGGUGGUAUGCAAAUCUUCGUCAAAACUUUGACUGGCAAGACUAUCACACUAGAAGUUGAGCCAUCUGACACAAUUGAAAAUGUCAAGGCUAAAAUUCAGGACAAGGAAGGUAUUCCUCCAGACCAACAGAGAUUGAUCUUCGCCGGCAAGCAAUUGGAGGAUGGACGAACAUUGUCUGAUUACAAUAUUCAGAAGGAAUCUACGUUGCAUUUAGUCCUCCGUCUUAGAGGCGGCAUGCAAAUUUUUGUGAAAACUUUAACUGGUAAAACCAUUACAUUAGAAGUUGAACCCUCUGACACAAUUGAAAAUGUCAAAGCCAAAAUUCAAGACAAAGAGGGAAUUCCACCAGAUCAACAAAGAUUGAUUUUCGCUGGUAAGCAGCUUGAAGACGGACGCACUCUUUCCGAUUACAAUAUUCAAAAGGAAUCAACACUUCAUUUAGUUCUAAGGUUGAGAGGUGGAAUGUAAAAAAUAGAUUUCUGAAUUAAAAGACAUAUUCUGAAUGCA